AGUAGCUCCGAGACACUGGCGAGCAUUGCGCUCGCAUUUUGAUACGACCUCGCCUUCAGCUGAAUCCGAGCGAAAUGCACUUGACAUCCACGCUGAUUGGACUCCUUAUCUGCGGUCUGGGGAUCGAGCUGCCCACGCGCACUGCCGCACAAUUCUGGUCGGUGGAUCCUGUUACGCAGUGGCGAAAAGAGGCUCUGGCCGAGAGGGGAUCCGGCAUCUGUUACAGGACGCUCACCGUGGAAACCAUCAAUCCCAACUCCAGAAAUCGUCAGUUCUCCUACUGCUGCGAUGGUUAUGUGAAUAAGGGAACAAGCCAGAACCUGAAGUGCGAGCCCAUUUGCUCGGAGGACUGCUCCAAUGGAUUGUGCCUGGCGCCCGAGGAGUGCGAGUGUGCUCCGGGUUACUAUCGGAGUAACAAAAGGUGUCGUUUUGUCUUGGAAUAACAAAAAUAAAUAAUAUCAAUUAC